AUGAAUGUACUCCCUUUAUAAAUGAAUAUCAAAAGCCUAAUAGAAGAUGUGAUACAGCAUCUUCCAUAUGAUGUGGUUCUUCAGAUCUUAAGUCUCCUCCCUUCAGAAUAUAUAUCGGAAUUCUUUCUUGAAUUAAAAUCAAGUCCAAUUAGACAAAUUGUAAUCGAACACUAUUAUUCAAAAGAGUUACAUGUUAUUCUAUCACCAACAAGAAGACCUCAUUAUUGUGGAACCCAUUCCGAUCAAACUAGUGAAUUGAUUGAUUUUUCAAGUUAUAUUGAAAUAGAUGAAUUUUUCACUGAUCAUCCAGAUAUCAAUCCUUCUAGAUUAGUAAUCAUCACUGGAGGUGAUUUCAGAUCAUUUGAAACCUUGUUAAACAAGUUCCAUGAUAGAAUAUCAUCUAAGAUAAAACAACUACACUUUCAUAUUGAAAGAUAUGAACCAAAUGCUAAAGAUCUUGAAUUAUUAACUUCAUUUCAGAAUCUUUCAAAAUUACAAUUAACUGGUGCUGACUUAAAAAUUUUAACAAAGACAAAUUAUUUAUCAAAUUUGAAUAAUCUUAAUCAAAUCGUAUUUUUAGGUCAUAAAGUUAAGAAUUGGACCAAUGUUCUAUUACCUCCAAAUUUAAAACAAUUGGAUGUUUCAUGGAAUGAGGAAUCAGAUAUUCUGACUUUGCCAUUACCAGAAUCUAUCACCGAAAUAUUUUGGAAUCAAGCAGGUGGGAUAACAAAUAAGAUUUUCACAUCGAAAGUGUUCCCAAAGAAUUUGAAAACCCUCAUGUUGACAUAUAAUAAAAUAAUUGAUUUAAAUGUUGAUUCACUUCCUAAAACAUUAGAAACCAUUGAUUUACUGUGCAACUCCAUCAGUACGUUUCUGUCGAAAGGUGAAGGUUAUUGGCCACCAAACCUUGAAACUAUCUUAUUAUCACAUAAUCAAAUUGAUAAUCAUGCGCUUGAAUCAUUAUCCAAAUUUAAAUGGCCAUUGAACUUGAAAGUUUUAAAACUUGAUCAUAAUAAAUUUACAAAUUUAAUUCAUUUACAAAAUAUUCCAAAUACUUUGGAAUACUUGGACAUUUCACAAACCAAAUUAAAUUCAUUGAAUGUUUUAUCACAGUUUGAUCAAAUUGUAAAUAAUGAAUCAUUUCAAUAUUUCCAAUUUCCUACAAGUUUAAUUUCUUUAAACCUUGGUUAUAAUGAUAUAAUAUUCCCAACUAGUAAUGGUGUUAACCAAAGGAUAAGAUUUCCUUCACAUUUGUCAAGUUUAAACUUGGAUGAGUGUAAUAUAAAGAGUCUUGAUACUUUUAUUUUUCCAAGUUCAUUAGUCAAACUUUCAUUAUGUGGGAAUAAAAUCGAAGAUUUAAAUUCAUACAACAUUAAAUUUAAUUCAACUUCAAACGGUAAUAUAUGUUGGAGUCAAUUAAUUAAAUUAUCAUCAUUAGAAUUAUACCUAAAUCAGAUUUCAACGUUAGAAAAUUGGUUUCCACCACCAAAUUUGCACAUGUUAGAUUUGGGUAAAAACCAAUUAAAUGAAUUGACUCUGAUAAAUACACCAUUAUUUCAAUCAGAAUCAAAAAAUAAUAACAAUAAGACUUUGCAACUUCAAAAGUUGCAAUUAGAAUUAAAUAAUAUUCUGAAACUAGACAAUUUUUUAAAAUUACCGCCAAAAUUGCGUAAUUUGCUGCUUAAGGAAAAUUCACUUACAGGAGAAUUAAUUAUACCAAAAUCAUUUGCACAAUUGGAAUCUUUAGAUCUUGGAUUUAAUUCAAUUGAAUCCUUGAGAUUUAGUAAGGUUCUGAACUCAAAUUUGAAGACUUUAAAUCUUACAAAGAAUUUAAUACUUCGAAAUGAUAGAACUAAAAGUUCAAUUGAAGAAUUCUAUGAAAAUAUUGAAGUAUCUUUAGGGAUUAAUGCCACUAAACAUAAGGCUAGUGUUAAUAGUGUGCAUACAUUUAAGAGAUAAAGAAUAAUAGAGAUAAUCAAAUUAUCAUUUUAGAGAUAAACCCUCGAGAAAAUUUACCUAUUGUUAUCUUACGUUUACAAGACAAUUUAAAACUAAUUAGGAAUAAAUAGAUAUGCAUAUG